CCAGGGGACUGUCAAGAGAAUGGUGCCAGCGUUGUUUGCAACUGUAUGGAUGACUUCGAUGGGGAGUUUUGCAUACAUCUCAAGAAGACACAAGUGCCAGAGGUGACGCAGAUACAGGCACAGUUUUCAUACAUUGAGGAUGGCAAGCACAUCUAUAGUCUCAUAGCAGACGGUACACAGCAAGCUGAACAAGUCAUUGUAUGGACAAAUCAAGAGCGACUCAACAACAUCAACGUAACGGCCAGUGCUAUAUUUAAAGGCAGAGCUCUGCCACAUCCCCCAGCUUAUAUCAUCGAAGCCAAGACUGGAAUUGCCAGAGCAUUUGUCAAGAUGAGUGGACCUGACAUUGCUUCGCCGGACAAGGAAUUUGCUUGUGGUGAAACAGUCAGCUCCGAAAACCCAAAGAACACGGUCAGCUGUUCCUUUGGGACAAAGUACAAUAACCUUUUGGUUGAUGGUGACAAAGAAGUUGACCAUACCGAUCCAAUCUCCUAUCCUCAUCCCUAUGUCCCCGACAGACCAGGGAUGUAUUCUUUUGUCCUUGAAGCUGCCGACAAGGCCAAUAACUCUGUAUACCUGAGAAGGUUUGCUCUGUACGACAAGGAGUCGGCAGUGACCACGGAUCCAGCCAAUGCCCUGUACAUAUCGUCAGCUGUGCAAGACCAUGGCUUCCAGUGGAUGACCGAUGCCUCCACGCCACUAGUCACCAACUGGCAAGAUCAUUUUCUGAACUACGUCCAUGAAAGUGGUAAAUUCCUGAACAGCAUCCUCCCCUUCCGUGUGAAGGUUGUAGAAAACCCACCAAUCUAUAAGGAAGUACCUCAUACAAAUGAUGAUCAUUAUGGAAGAAGAACUACAGCGGCUAUCCCCAAUGUACGGGGCAUUGUGAGAUUUGAGUGGACGCAUACCGUCAACAAGAGUGGAGGCAGAGCGCACCACACACCAGUAAAUUGGAAUGAUAUCUCGGGUCUGAACACAACAAACCAAACAACAGUUGCUGGUGUUACAAGCGGAACCACCGUUACUGUGUGGGUAAGAGCCUGGGACAUCCUUGACAACAGGAAAGUGGACUCGACAAGUGUAACCUACGACUUCACCGAACCACAGUUCACUUUGAUGACAUUCAACAAAAAUGAAAAAUCCAACAUUCCAUUCAGUUCCGGUUUAACGGUGACCGCACACGAUGCAGAGAGUGGACUCGACCAUGUUGAGGUCAAGGUCUUCAAUACAGAAGAUGGCGACCUACUCAGGGCAAACAAUGUAUCCAUUCCAUCUAUCAACCCGCUUUACUGUAGAGACAGGGUACACGACUGCUACUGCCCCAACGCCCUGAGCGUGUGUUACAAAUGGAUCAACAAAGUCUACAUCAGCAACUGCUGGCUGAUGGUGGCCAAGAACGCCCUAGCGACUGCCCAGGUUCGGCUGCAGGUGCGCGUUGUCAACAGGGCGGGGCUGAAGAGCUCCACAUAUGAGGAACAAGUGGUGACGAACCUGUUGGAACUAAACGGCACCACGACAUGUAAGUAG